GUGGUUUCAGCUCAGUUUAGUUCUUGGUGUGCUGCUAUACGUGCUCCACAAACCCAACAAACAAAUGAACUCUCACGGGUGUCAAUAAGGUUUCGACGUGUGGAGCCAGUUGGUGGCAGAAUCUUUCCCCUGCCUGUGGUCUGACCACAUCACUGUGACUUCACCCAUCACGUUUGGAAAACAAUUGUUAUUGCAGCCACUGGAAAAACAAAACAAUCAUGAGCACGCAUGAUCCAGAUGUGCACACCAUCUCUCCGGAGCUGCCAGCAAUGUUUGAUGGCAUGAAGUUGGCGGCAGUGGCAACAGUCCUCUAUGUCAUUGUGCGCUGCCUAAACCUCAAGAGCCCCACUGCACCCCCAGACCUCACCUAUCAGGAUACACCCCUGAACCACUUCCUGCUCAAGUCCUGUUCUCAGCUGACCAAAGAGUACAUUCCCCCAUUGUUGUGGGGUAAGAGUGGUCACCUCCAGACGGCCUUAUAUGGAAAACUUGGUCGUGUGAGCGCACCCCAUCCCAGUGGGAUCAGGAAGUACUUGCCCAUGCAGGAUGGGGCCACUGCAACCUUUGACCUCUUUGAACCAGUGGGGGACCACCGAACAGGAGAUGACAUCACCAUGGUGAUAUGCCCUGGUAUCGGUAACCAUAGUGAGAAGCAUUAUGUCCGAACCUUUGUGGAUUACGCGCAGAAGGACGGCUACCGCUGUGCUGUGCUGAACCACCUCGGAGCUCUACCAAACAUCGAACUCACUUCCCCACGCAUGUUUACCUAUGGGUGCACGUGGGAGUUUGCAGCCAUGGUUGGGUACAUUAAGCGAACGUAUCCUCAAACUCAGUUAAUAGUGAUUGGCUUCAGUCUGGGUGGGAACAUUGUCUGCAAGUUCCUGGGUGAGAACAUGUCCAACCAGGAGCGAGUGCUAUGCUGUGUCAGCGUCUGCCAAGGUUACAGUGCUCUCAGGGCCCAGGAAACAUUUCUACAGUGGGAUCAGUUCAGGCGUUUCUAUAAUUUUCUCAUGGCUGACAACAUGAAGAAAAUAAUCCUCUCACACAGACACAGUUUAUUUGGAGGAAACUCAGUCAAAAUGAUAGCUGGAGAUCUUGGACGGCUAUACACGGCAACGUCGCUCAUGCAGAUCGACGACAACAUAAUGAGGAAAUUCCAUGGCCAUAGCUCUCUCAAAGAGUAUUAUGAGAAAGAAAGUUGUGUACAUUACAUUCACAAUGUAAAUGUACCACUUCUGCUUGUCAACGCUGCAGAUGAUCCCCUGGUUCAUGACUCUUUACUCAAAAUCCCCCGUACAUUAGCAGAGAAGAAGCCAAACGUGAUCUUUGCCUUGACACUACACGGCGGCCACCUCGGGUUCUUCAAGGGCGCUGUCCUCUUCCCCAAGCCACUCACCUGGAUGGACAAAGUGAUUGUGGGCUAUGCCAACGCCAUAUGCCAAUGGCAGAAGCAGAAACCCCCGUGCCAAAGCAACCACCUGAGUGAGAAUUCCUGCACAAAGGAAAAAGACUAAACCCUGUCUUUCGAUCUCUUUUUCCUCACUUCCUGACCGUAAACCACACAAGACUCCACUGUCCCUGCACUGAGGAGCCACGUGGAAUUCCUCCCGCUCUCCUCUGCCUUCUUUGGUGCUGCUCAAUGCUGCAGAUCUCUGCACCCGCCACACGCCCCCAUGCCUUCAGCGACCGUCGCAGGGACAAGCAACUGCCUCUGGGAAGUUCAGAGGAGGAACACAUUGUUUCAUGAUGUGUGCUCAAUGGGGACCUUUUGAUUAUGAUGCCAUUGACUAAAUAUGAUAUGAUGUGGACCACAAAAGUGAGCCCAUCUAAGUAGUGCAGUGCUGCGCUUGGUGCCCAUUCCUGAUCACUAACCAUACUGCCUCAAUGCAUCAUCGUCUUUGUACUAUUCCUCUCAUUCAUAAUAUAGUGGCUGCGUGUCGAGUUGAAGACGGGGGACAGCGCUGUAACACUGAUUGGUCAGCUCAGUCCAAGCUCUCAGCUGUAGUUUGUAGAAAUUUACCCAAGUUAAAAUAAUAUCUUCGUAGGAUUUUCCACUCAGCUCAACUCUCAUGGCACUUUGUUUUUUGUUUUUCGUGUGUGUGUGUGUGUGUGUGUGUCGGGGGGGGACUUGAAGAGGAAGAAAGUAUAAGUGCUCGUGAGCAGGGAUCAACUCCCAAAUUGGAUCCAUGAACAUUCGACCAGUUACAUUGGAAUACUCUGAUUCCGUGCACUUUUUAGCUCCAUCCCUCUCGUUGUUUUGUUUGUUUGGUUUGUUUUUUGGCUCUGGUAGUGAGAGGAAAAAUAGGGUGUAUAAUAAUGUAAUUCCAAUGUUGCCCGCGUUGUCUGUUGUUGGGGUCAUCGCAAUCUAAUUCUUUUCCGGUCACCUUUGAUCAGCUGCAGCAUUAGUCGAGACGCUAACCUACUGCCAAUGCUCAGAGACCGCUUUGCACCUUAUAAAGGGGCAGUUUGGCAUUGGGACGCACACCCACUCACAAGCUUGGUUUAAAUGAUCUUUGUUAUGAGGUAGGGCUAGUUAAAAGGGCCAAGUUACUAAGGGACGAACCACGUUUAGCUUUGUGGACUGUUUGAACAAUACUGGUGAUUGUCAUGUUUUAUUAUUAGCUGGUGAACAGUGCUUAUAUAAGUGACAGAUAUUCUAUGUAAGGAAGACAACAAAAUACAGUAAAAUGCUUAAAUGUGACUUAUCUUGAUGCACUUAAACAGUAAUAGUUAGAGAUCUGAUUGCAAAAUUAAGGUGAAGUAGUACCUUUCAGUUUUUAUUUUGAAUGUUGAGAGGAGAAAAGUUCGUUUUAAAAUGAAAAUGCAAUGCAAGUAAAGGGUUUGCAACUGUUUACUUUGAAAGAACCAGCACCAAUCUCGGAUAAAACCUGGAUAAAUCUCACAUAAGAGGUCUGAAGUUUAUAUGUUCACGGCCAUACGAUAAAGUUUUUUAUAACAUUUUUUUCUAACAAUGUUGAAAAAAAAAAGUGCACAAUUUAUGCAAUAGCUUGCCUCUGGAGUGGCGCAUAACAUAUGCUCUGAAUGUACCCGUUUGUUCGUACAGGGCUGGCUGAUGGUGUCUAGCGCUUUCAGCAACAAAAUAAUAGUCUUCACUCUUGACCCCAGAUUUCGUUUCUCAUUCAUCAAAUAUGAUCGACCCUGCCAAAUUCCUCUUUUUCCUCUGUCCAGUUGUUUUUCAUUCAAAUAUCGUCAGGUUUAAAUUCAGUGCAGAGUGCUGGUGUCUUAGAUGCAAAAUUUGGUUGUAACAUUGACAGAGAAACUAAAUAUAGCCAUGACCAAUUACACCUAUUUCUUUUAGACAGCAUGGCGUUUAUGCAACCAUCACAGAAACCGUUUCCUAGAAGAGAAACCAGCGUGACUCCAUCGCUUGAUUUAUUGAAUUCAGACAAUGCAUCAUGAAUGAAUUUAUUUUUUACCUCUAACCAACUUUACUAUUUUUUUGGGGUGGGGGGGGCUGGCGAAUGAUUCUUGGGUUUGUGUUAUAAUGUAAGACGUCUUGUAUUCCAAAUACCUAUCCAUGUUUUUGUCUUGGGAAAUGAGACAUACUAUGCCAUAUCAUCACCUCUAACAACAACCAAAAGGAUUGACUUCACCAAAUGACAAGAGUUUAAGUAUUUAAAAGCUAAUUUAUUAUGAAAUAUUUAAGAUGGGAUUGAGAAAAAUAAAGGUUAUUAUCCAUCAAAAGCGAUUUAUGAAUAUCGGGUGUAAUGUGAAUGUGACACCAUGGUGGAGGACCAGAAAUGUUGUUCUGUGUUGUAAGAGAAAAUUAAUUUCUAUACCCAGUGCAUCUAAAAUGUUUUAUUUAAUUUUUGCUAGCAUUUUGGGCCAAUGCCUUUUUUUUCUCUCUCAGGAGAACUAAAUGAUUGAACAGUAGAAUCCAAAAUCACCCAUCAGGUUAGAGUCAAGUAACAAUGUUAAGCCACGGUAAAUAUGCAGCUUUAAUUUUGUUUGAAUUUGUUUACGCUGAAAUACCAUGAAAGCAUGUCAGGAUGACAACAUAGAUGCACAUACUAU